UCAGCCCCACGGCCCCAACAGCAGCGCUCGGUGUCGGAGAUGCAGCACCGUGUGCGUGGCGCAGCCAAGGGCUCGAGAGGAGAAGAAAGGGACCAUCGAGAACGGGGACCUGGAAAAGGAGAAGAGGAACGCGGUGCGGUUCCUGCGCUGCCCCGCGGCCAUGACCGUCAUGCACCUGGCCAAGUUCCUGCGCAACAAGAUGGAUGUGCCCAGCAAGUACCAGGUGGAGGUCCUCUACGGAGAUGAGCCCCUGAGGGAGUACUACACGCUGAUGGACAUCGCCUACAUCUACCCCUGGAGGAGGAACGGCCCGCUGCCGCUCAAGUACCGGGUGCAGCCGACCUGCAAGCGCCUCAAGCUGCCGCAGCCGCCCACCUCCGAGUGCACCAACACCAGCGGCGCCUCCGAGUGCGAAUCGCUCAGCGACAAAGCGCACAGCCCCGCCACGCUGCCCCGCACGCCGCCCUCCCUGCCCAGCCCCGGCACGCCGCCCCACGGCUCUCCCAGCCCCACGGCCGCCGCCGCGCCCCACGGCGCCUCGAACUGCCCCCCGCUGCCCCCCGCCCGCUGCCGCAAAGCCGCAGCCCACGGCCCCGCGGGCUCCGCGCUGACCUAACGGGGGCGGGGGGGGGAAAGCCACGCGGGUUUUGUAUAGCUCUAUAUAUUAUAUAUAUGUGCAUCUAUAAAGAGAGACGUGUACAGGGGGUUGUACGCACGGAUUUUCCGGGCUUAGAACACGGGU